AAGACAGGACGGGGCAACGCUGCAGCCACCGAGGGACAAGUCUGGCGAUUAAUUUCACGGCUAGCUCAGGUUAUUUUUUUAUAUUGAGAUUAAUAUGCACUAAAUUUUUCCUGUUGAAUCAAAUGUUUGAUUAACGUUCGCGUUCAAAGGUGGUUAACGUUAGUUUUGAUUUGAAUUCAGAGGUGUAUGGGAGCCAGCUAGCUUCCAGGACUGAACAACAUCGGUUGAGCUGUUUUCGACACUUCGACUGCUGAAGAAUUUUAAACGUUUCUUUAAAGACACCGAGAAGCACUUUAGUCGAAAAUGAGUGCAGGUAUUCCGAAGCCGGCGAAUCCGUCGGCCCAUGUCGACCCCAAAUCAGCUCCUCUCAAAGAAAUCCCAGAUGUUCUGGUGGACCCACGCACCAUGAGGAGAUACACGAGGGGAAGAUUCCUUGGAAAAGGUGGUUUCGCCAAAUGCUAUGAAAUCACAGAUAUGGAGACGAAGCAGGUUUUCGCCGGAAAAAUCGUGCCCAAGUCCCUCAUCCUGAAGCAGCACCAGAGGGAGAAGAUGUCCUCGGAAAUCGCCAUUCACAAGAGCCUCGACCAUGCGAACAUUGUGGGGUUCCACGGGUUUUUCGAAGACGACGACUUUGUCUUUGUUGUCCUGGAAAUCUGCAGGAGAAGGUCCUUGUUGGAGCUGCACAAGCGUCGUAAGGCUGUGACUGAGCCAGAGGCUCGCUACUACAUGACACAGCUGCUCAAGGGUGUCCAGUACCUGCACAACAACCGAGUCAUCCACAGAGACCUGAAACUGGGCAACAUCUUCCUCAAUGAUGACAUGGAGGUCAAGAUAGGGGACUUUGGCCUGGCCACUAAGAUCGAGUUUGAUGGCGAGAGGAAGAAGACCUUGUGUGGAACACCCAACUACAUUGCACCAGAAGUGCUUUGCAAGAAAGGCCACAGCUAUGAAGUGGACGUCUGGUCGCUUGGGUGUAUAUUGUACACUUUGUUGGUGGGUAAGCCCCCAUUCGAGACCUCCUGUCUGAAGGAGACCUACAACCGCAUCAAGAAAAACAACUACACUGUCCCCUGGCACAUCAACCCGUCCGCAUCUGCUCUCAUCAAGCGGAUGCUGCACGCUGAUCCUGCUCAGAGGCCCACCAUCGCUGAGCUGCAAACAGAUGAGUUCUUCACAUCCGGCUACAUCCCCUUACGUCUGCCCACUACAUGCCUCACUGUGCCCCCGCGGUUCUCCAUCGCUCCCUCCACAGCUAUGGAGCUCAGCCAGAGGCGCCCCCUGACUGCUAUUAACAACAAGGCUGGAACAGAGAAGGUGGACGUUAAGGAUGAACCUGUUCAAAGGGAGACUGAGGCGUCAGAAUGCCACCUGAAAGACAUGCUACAGCAGCUCAACAGUAUCAUUGCUGCCAAGCCCUCUGAGAAGGCACUCAUACGCCAGGAAGAGGCAGAGGAUCCUGCAUGUAUCCCCAUCUUCUGGAUCAGCAAAUGGGUCGACUACUCUGACAAAUAUGGACUAGGCUACCAGCUCUGUGACAACAGCGUGGGCGUGCUGUUCAACGAUUACACUCGCCUGAUCAUGUACACCGACGGAGACAGUCUGCAGUACAUCGACAAGACGGCGGCUGAAUCCUACCUCAGCGUGCGCUCUUGCCCUGCUACCCUCAACAAGAAGAUAACACUGCUGAAAUAUUUCCGCAAUUACAUGAGUGAGCACCUGUUGAAGGCCGGUGCGAACAUGGCACGGCGGGAAGGAGAUGAGCUUGCCAGGCUGCCUUACCUCUCCCUCUGGUUCAGAACAAAGAGCGCCAUCGUCCUGCACCUCACCAACGGCACCGUUCAGAUCAACUUCUUCCAGGACCACACCAAGCUGAUCCUGUGUCCGCUGAUGGCCGCGGUGACCUACAUCGACGAGAAGCGAGAAUUCCGCACCUACAAGCUGUCUCUGCUGGAGGAGUUCGGUUGCAGUAAGGAGCUGUCCAGCCGCAUCUGCUACGCCAAGCUCAUGGUGCAGAAACUGCUGGACAGCAAACUCACCCCCGCUGCACACUAGACCACCUUUUCCCAAAGUCUUCAAUCACAGUCUCUGUCUUUAAUCACCGGCCACUUCUCCCUGGCUGUCGGCCUCUCUGAGGACGGGACAGACAAUUAACUUCUCUAUUUUAUUGAAGAGUUGCAGUGUAAUGAUUUUUAUGUCAUCUUUGAGGCUUUGACAUGUACCAUGAAAAUUAAUCUUUUUUUUUUUUUCCCCCUGUCCUCUAUUGUUUAUAGAAACUCACUCAAGUCGUAUCUUAAUUGUCUUUGUGAAGUUUACUCUUGACAAACAUGUUCCUGCUAAGAUGGCUGGAUCGCCGACAGCCUGGCACACGACAAUGUUCAAAUGAGUCUGUGAGGAAAUGAUGAAUGUUCUGUGUUCCUCAUGUUCGUCAUCUUAAAGUUUUUAACGUUCUUCUUUGAUUCCCUCUGCUUAUGGUUUGUUUGCAUUUGUUCAUAUAUCUGUCUCACGCUUUAAAACCUAAAGCCAGAGUGGACAAAUGUGUAGUGGGGGACUUGAGACUCGGACUGGCUGUGUGGAUGCAAAAAGCUUCUCUGGUCUGCUUUUGUCUGUUUUUAUCUGUGUUGUAUGUAGAGAAAUGGACCAUGUCAAUAAGUCUUCAUCAUGUACAUUUUUCCUUUUUUAGUUUUACUCUUUCAUAAAAGUCUAUUUUAGAUGUCUUUUUCAACAAGAUGUACAAACUUGUACAGACUGCUGAACAUGCAUACGUGUUGUAAAGAUGGUUUAAUUUUACUCAAGUCUAAAUAAAGAUUCUCUUG